AUGACGUCUCGCUCAGACUUGGUGGUGGCCAUCGACUUGGGCAGUAAUUGCGAGAAAAGGUCUUCAAAGCAGCAAGAACACCACAUCGAACCGCCCAUCAUGAAGCUCGUCCCAGGCGCCCUCGCGCUCACAAGAACUGGCUUCCAACUCCUAAUGAUCGGCCGCCGCCGCCAGGACCUAACGCCGGCACAGUAUCGCGACCAUUACGAGAACGUGCAUAUCCCACUCAUGAGGAAUCUAACGGGCGACUCUUUCCCGCUGUCGCACGAGCGACACUACAUCUCGCGGAUGCCUGGUGACCACGGCACAUUCCCAGCGGACCUGCUGCUUCCCGGCAUAGUCACGCAAGCGGACUUUGACUUCGAUGCCGUUGCGGUCUUGACGUACCGUGAUAGGGCGCAUUUUGAUGCCAACUGGGCGUACUUUGAGGACGAGGAGUUCCGGGAGAUCAUUGCGGCGGAUGAGGCGAAGUUCUCAGAGUGGGUGAAGGGUGUUUUCUUGAGCGGGUAUGCAGUGUCCUUUGGUGAGGUGCAUUGA